AUGCCCGGCCCCGGCGCCAGCGCCCAAGAAUGGACGUUCCCCAAUCCAAGAAAGACGCGCAGACGGCCGGCUCCCCCGCCAGCCCCCACGCGCACCACAACCCCAAUGUCCGCGUCCGCCAUCAAGGCAGAACACCUCAGCAUCCGCAAAGCCUGGUCGUCCUCACCCUGCUGCACCUCCCUCCGCAGCCUCAUGGCCUCGCGCGCCGCGGCCCUCCCCGCCGUCAAGCAGGCCAUCUGCCUCGGCCUCGGCACCUUUGACCCGCCCUCGAGCUCGUCGGAGUCCAGACGCCGCACCCACCACCAGCUCAUUGCCUUUCAAACCAUGGUCGAGGAACUGGAAAGCAUGACGCGCACCCGGAUACAAUGCAUCUUCCAGGAGCCGCUGUUUACUGACCAAGAGACAAGCUUCCUGACUGGCUUGGGGCACCGCGUCGUCGAGCACCCCGCUGCCUGCCGCGCCGUGACGUCCGACUCCCUCCUGUUUGGGAUUCACCUGUACCGCGAGGUGUACGAGGAGGCGCUGGACCGGGCGCUGCCGGCCAUUUUUGUCGGCACAGACUGGGACACGUGGGACGGGGUCUCGCCCGGCGGCGUGCAGGCCGUGAGGCUGAUGCACGAGACCUAUCAGACGUUCGGGUUUCCCCAGGACGGGACUACCUUUUCCAGCACGGCUGUCUACUGGCGGCCUCGGCCUGGGAGGCGGGCGGUGGGCGACCACGGCGGAGGGGAAGAGCACGGAGAUGGGCCGGACAAGUUGGGGGAGCAUGAAGGCGUCGUGAUUGAUGGUGUUUGA